GAAAAAUCAGGUUUGAGUUCUGGUUCCAUGGGCAGCGACUCCUUCCAAGUCUGGGUGGUUCCAGAUCUCAGCCCACCCCAGCUGGGCAAUCCCAGCUUUGCCAGGCUGUCUCUGUGGCUGAGGGGCUCCAAAAGCUUGGAAUUAUUUGGGUUGGAAUAUUUAAAACCAGGUUUAAGUUCCCAUCUGGGUUCCACGGGCAGGGCAGGAGAGCCAGAGCCAGGGGAGAGGCCUGAAUUUGAGGAGAUCAGGUGGUUCCAGAUCUCAUCCCACCCCAGCUGGGCAAUCCCAGCCUUGCCAGGCUGUCUCUGUGGCUGAGGGGCUCCAAAACCCUGGAAUGAUUUGGGUGGGAAUAUUGUAAAACCAGGUUUAAGUUCCCAUCUGGGUUCCGUGGGCAGGGACACCUUCACAGAUCAGGUGGCUCCAAAUCUUGGACAGUCCCAGCCUGUCUGAGCUUGGAGGAGACCAGAGCCAGGCCUGAACUUGGAGGAGAUCAGGUGGUUCCAGAUCUCAUCCCACCCCAGCUGGGCAAUCCCAGCUUUGCCAGGCUGUCUCUGUGGCUGAGGGGCUCCAAAACCCUGGAAUGGUUUGGGUGGGGAAACCUGGAAUGGGUUGGGUUGGGCACAGAACCCAAACCGGGCCCAGAAUCCAAAAGUGGGCACAGAACUCAAACUGGGGCACAGAACUCAGACUGGGGCACAGAACUCAAACUGGGCCCAGACCCCAAACCGGGCCCAGACCCCAAACCGGGCCCAGACCCCAAACUGGGCAGAGACCCCAAACCGGGCCCAGACCCCAAACUGGGCAGAGACCCCAAACUGGGCCCAAAUCCCAAACCGGGCCCGGACCCCAAACCGGGCCCGGACCCCAAACUUGGCCCGGACCCCAAACCGGGCCCAGACCCCAAACCGGGCCCGGAACCCAAACCGGGCCCAGACCCCAAACCAGGCCUAGAACCAGGCCCAGACCCCAAACCGGGCCCGGACCCCAAACCGGGCCCAGACCCCAAAACAAAGCCCAAACCCCAAACCAGGCCCAGACCCCAAAACCAAGCCCAAACCCCAAACCAGGCCCAGACCCCAAACCAGGCCUAGAACCAGGCCCAAACCUAAAACCGGGCCCAAACCCCAAACCAGGCCCAGACCCCAAAAACCAAGCCCAGACCCCAAACCGGGCCCAGACCCCAAACUCGGCCCAGACCCCAUACCGGGCCCAGACCCCAAAACCAGGCCUGGACCCCAAACCAGACCCAGAACCAGGCCCAAACCCCAAACCAGGCCUAGAAUCAGGCCCAAACCCCAAACCAGGCCCAGACCCCAAACCGGUUCCAAACCCCAAACCAGGCCUAGAAUCAGGCCCAAACCCCAAACCAGGCCCAGACCCUAAACUGGGCAGAGACCCCAAACCGGGCCCAAAUCCCAAACUGGGCCCAGACCCCAAACCGGGCCCAGACCCCAAACUGGGCCCAGACCCCAAACUGGGCAGAGACCCCAAACCGGGCCCAAAUCCCAAACUGGGCCCAGACCCCAAACCGGGCCCAGACCCCAAACCAGGCCCAGACCCCAAACCAGGCCCAGACCCCAAACCGGGCCCAGACCCCAAACUGGGCCUGGACCCCAAACCGGGUCCAGACCCCAAAACCAAGCCCAAACCCCAAACCAGGCACAGACCCCAAACCAGGCCUAGAACCAGGCCCCAACCCUAAACCGGGCCCAGA